AUGGAGAAAUCCAGGGAUACAGAGAAAACCAGGGACACAGAAAAACAGACAUGGGGAAAACCAGGGACACGGGGAAAACCACGGACAUGGAGAAAUCCAUGGAUACGGAGAAACCCAAGGAAAAAGAAAACCACUGUCAUUGAGAAAACCAGGGAUACGGAGAAAACCAGGGACAUGGAGAAUACCAGGGACAUGGAGAAUACCAGGGGUACAGAGAAAACUAGGGACAUGGAGAAUACCAGGGGUACAGAGAAAACUAGGGACAUGGAGAAUACCAGGGGUACAGAGAAAACCAGGGACAUGGAGAAUACCAGGGGUACAGAGAAAACUAGGGACAUGGAGAAUACCAGGGGUACAGAGAAAACUAGGGACAUGGAGAAUACCAGGGGUACAGAGAAAACCAGGGACAUGGAGAAUACCAGGGGUACAGAGAAAACUAGGGACAUGGAGAAUACCAGGGGUACAGAGAAAACUAGAGACAUGGAGAAUACCAGGGGUACAGAGAAAACUAGGGACAUGGGGAAUACCAGAGGUACAGAGAAAACCAGGGACAUGGAGAAUACCAGGGGUACAGAGAAAACUAGGGACAUGGAGAAUACCAGGGGUACAGAGAAAACUAGGGACAUGGAGAAUACCAGGGGUACAGAGAAAACUAGGGACAUGGAGAAUACCAGGGGUACAGAGAAAACCAGGGACAUGGAGAAUACCAGGGGUACAGAGAAAACUAGGGACAUGGAGAAUACCAGGGGUACAGAGAAAACUAGGGACAUGGAGAAUACCAGGGGUACAGAGAAAACUAGGGACAUGGAGAAUACCAGGGGUACAGAGAAAACUAGGGACAUGGGGAAUACCAGGGGUACAGAGAAAACCAGGGACAUGGAGAAUACCAGGGGUACAGAGAAAACUAGGGACAUGGAGAAUACCAGGGGUACAGAGAAAACUAGGGACAUGGGGAAAACCAGGGACACAGAAAAACACGGACAUAGUGAAAUCCAUGGAUACGGAAAAACCCAAGGAAAAAGAAAACCAGGGACACGGAGAAAACCAGGGACACGGAGAAUUCCAGGGAUACUGAGAAAUCAAGGGAUACGGAGAAAACCAGACAUGGGGAAAACCAGGGACCUGGGGAAAACCACGGACAUGGAGAAAUCCAUGGAUACGGAGAAACCCAAGCAAAAAGAAAACCAGGGACAUGGAAAAAACAGGGAUACGGAGAAAACCAGGGAUACAGAGAAAUCUAGGCAUACAGUGAAAAUUCUGGAUAUGAAAUUGUCAUUCAUCAUCUGA